GUCGCGUGUGGCAAAGGUCCAGAACAACAGACCAUGGACGAGGAAGGAGGAGAAGAAGAUCUCUUGAGUGGCGUUCUUUCGCUGUCCUUGACGGAGGCACACGGCGAUCCUAAGACAUACGAGAGAAAUGUGCACGAGACCAUGGCGGGGCUCCCAGGCCUGCGGGAGAAGAGGCUAGCGGACUACGAGAGCAUCUUUACGCUUGUCGACGCAAACGAUACUGCAAGAGCUAGGCGAAGAAAGGUUUUGGACUUCUUCAUGACCCGCACGAAGGAAAACCUGAAUCGAGCGGGGCAGAUCCAGGAGUGCUCUCACCAAUGCCUGGUGCUGAUAGAUGAACUCCGAGAGCUGAUGGACCGCUUGAUCUCCUGGCUGACGAUGUGCCUGCCAGCGAAUGACCACCCUCUGUCCGUUUCCCAUCGCCGCAAGCUCAAGCUGUUCAAGGGCCGGUUGCGGAACGAAGUGAAGAUAUUGGAAGGACUUCGGUCAGGGGUCACUUCUGCGCAUUCCGGCCGUGUGCACACCAUCCGAUCUAUGUUCCUCACGAAGGACGUUGCCGAGAACAACCUGCUUGGCUGGGAAACCGCCCACCACGAACUUCUUGUGAUGCAGGAGACGGAAGCGUACCUGUCGAUGUGCCGCUUCUGGAUGUCGACGAUGGACUCGGCCCUCCUGGUGUACAAGUACUGGAAGGUGAAUCUGAAGGAUGCCGACAUCGCGUUCGCCACAGGUAACAACGGCAACGGGCACCACCACUUUUUCGCAUGACACGGAUCAUGCUGUCCACCGGAAAGCCCACAGCGGCGGGGAACGCCUCUGGGCAGGUGCAGGGGGUUUCUCUUUCAGCUGAUUGAUUCCGAGUGCAGUUGUUCUCGCGACCUCUGGGAGACGAAUACCUACCGCACACGCGUUGGGUUGACCGCUGAGGUUCACGAGUUCUGGCCUAUCAGGGCGUGGACUGUGUGAAGGAGAGGCGGGGUCGAUAGGCCACACACAGCUUUGCACCUGAUCGUAGUUGGUGUCGUUGGCUUCUAGAGUACGAAAUUGACUUCGGGUGUUAUCGGCUUCUAGAAUACGAAUAUGACGUCGAGUCUGUUUUUGUCGUGCUGAAUUGAAGACCGUUGUUGGAGCACGUGGUUCGGGCUGAUAUUUUCGUUCGUGACUGAAUCGAAACGCACAUGUCCUGUGCCCUAUCCACUCCCCCUUUUUGUCACGGUUUCAGAAAAUAAUGUGGUAUUUACGAUAGUUUUCAUCCUCCUCCAAUCGACAAGGUGAGGACCAAUGGGCAGUAUUGAAAGUAGCGAGGCAACGAGCCAGUGUCGUCUGUUCGUAAGGUAUUAUGGCUUUCAUCGACUCUAUCGGAAAUAGGAUGUGAUUCGCUUUCUUUGUCUCUUGGCGCGUGGAUGAGUCGGCUUCAUGCCACCAUUAUCUUUCGGCCGCGGUGAUUUUUUCUCCAAUUACUGUUGCCACUAUU